CCUAUGCCGUGCCAUCUAGCGGCGCCAUUUCGAAACAAUCCGCGGGCGCUGCUCGCGGCUGGCGGCCGCCAUUAUGUGGUAUGCCGCGGCCUGUUGCAGUACGCUGCAAGACCGACCCAUCGAGCCUCUCGGAAUGCCUCAAUAUUGCUGCGCGCCUCUGUGCAAACAGAAAGGCGUGACGGAUGACCUCGGAGACAAGGUGUCUUUUUUUUCUUUCCCCAGCGAUCCUGUUGUUCGAAAGAAGUGGGUGAUCGCUAUAAAACGGGACGAGGGAAAACUCUUCCAGAUCACAAAGUACACGCGGCUGUGCUCGAAGCACUUUCAGCAGAGCGAUUACCUCGCGAACUAUGCUGGUAGCCGCCGCUUCUUGCGCCAGAAUGCCCUGCCGAGCAUAUUUGCUUUCAACACUGCUGCAAGGCCUCCGAGGAGGGAACCCCGUCGAAGACUACCACUGCCACCGAAACAGAAGCUCCCCACUGCUGCUGCCGAAGGAUCGGCGAACGACGACGUCGCCGACUUGGACGCGACAUGCGACUCGAUCGCCGACGCAGAAAGCGUCGCAAACGCAGAAGACACCGGCUGCUCGAUCACCGACGCAGACAUCGUCACCAACGAAAACGCGAGGAGCGCGUCAAUCGCCGAUGUAAGCAGCGUCACGAACGAAGAGGACACCGGCAACUCGAUCGCCGACGCAGACAUCGUCACCAAUGAAAACGCGACAAGCUCCUCAAUCGCAGAUGAAAGCAGCGUCGCGAACGAAGAGGACACCGGCAACUCGAUCGCUGAUAAAGACAGUGAUGACCGUCUACAGCAACAAGAUCUCGAGAAACAGACUGCCAUCCAAGCCGAACUGAUCAAGAAUCUGCAGUUUGAACUGACAAGCUGUCAAGACCAGCUGAAAGGGGCUGAAGACACCCUGAAGCAGAUGCGUUCAGAGCUUGAGCUAGCUCUUAUAAAAUGCAGGGAGCUAGAUGCUCGGGAAAUAGAGUUGAGUCAAACUAAACAGGCUCUAUACAAAGCUGAACGGAAGCUUGAGCUUGCACUGGAAGAAUGCCGCACGCUUAAGGCAAAAGCAAGUAGAAAGUUCUCCAUUGAGUGUUUUAAGGAUAGCCCGGAAGAUGUCCAGUUUUAUACCGGGCUUUCAAGCUAUGCACAGUUUAAGAGUCUUUGGACCUUUUUGGCACCAGGGGAAAAUGGGGAGAAUGUUAAGAUGUGGUCUACUACCUACAGCAACAAUGCCACAAAUGCUGGCAGGCCUCCUCUUUUGUCUUCUGCGGAGCAGCUAUUUUUGGUUCUGGUUCGCCUUCGGCUUGGUCUCUUCGAAAAGGACCUUGCAUACAGGUUCAAAGUCUCGACUGCGACAGUUUCGAAAAUAUGCAUAACUUGGAUUAGUUAUAUCUACAUUCACAUAGGACAGCUACCACUGUGGCUGCCUAGGGAGGCAGUGGACGAUGACAUGCCGCCAGUAUUCAAAGAGCGUUAUCCGUCAACACGGGUGAUUCUUGACGCGACUGAAGUUAAGUGCGAAGCCUCAAGCUCGCUUGCCCUGCAGUCAGCAACUUUUUCAAGUUACAAGUCUACGAACACAUUGAAAGGGCUGGUCGGAAUAUCCCCUGAUGGCACAGUGACCGUUUUCUCCGAUCUAUUCACUGGGUCCAUGUCCGACAAAGAGUGUGUCGAGAAAAGUGGUUUCCUCAAGCUGGCUUUUAAUGCUGGUGACUCAAUCAUGGCUGACAAAGGCUUUAAGAUUGAGGACCUACUGACCAACAUCGGCGUUCAGCUGAACACACCUCCCUUCCUCCGGAGGGGACAUUUUACAAGCGAGGAAGUGAGGGAAACAGAAGCAAUAGCCUCGCUUCGGAUACACGUAGAGAGGCGAAUUCAGAGGAUAAAAAAUUUUCACCUCUUUGACCGGCCUGUACCAAUCUCAAUAGCUCCCAUUGUCAACGAGAUGUGGGCUAUUUGUGUGAUCUUGAGCAAUUUACAAAGUCCCUUGAUCAAACCCUGUGAAUAGUGAAUGCACGUCCACAUCUUUGUCACUGUCACACUCACAUGUGGUUUUUUCUAAACAGGCCGAAUUCAUGAACCAGACCUAAACAAAUUUUUUGAUAAAACCACAGGUAACAUCGGCAUGUUAUCCAACUUGAUUUGUUUUAUGCGAUACAAACCAAUGUUCAGGAAGCCACAUUGCAGGGCUCCUAGUCUCUGUUGAGGUGGAUUUGGUGCAUUUCAAAAAACUCAAAUGUCAAAUAAAAAA